GAGCUCCGCGGGCAGCGAGGGGGAAAGGGACAGAGGCGGGACGAGGCUCGGCUCGGCCAGCGCUGCCUGGAGCGAGCUCACGUUUCGGCCCGGGCGAGGGAGCCGCGCGGACUUUGGUGCCGGAGCAGCGCUGGCCUUCGCUCGGCGUUUCACCCCGGCAGCGCUGGACUUCGCCCGCACCGCGGCGGGCCCGGGUUUAUCCCCGGGAAGAACCGAGGCGCAAAGGAAAGGGCACAAGCGCGGCGGGCGGCGCGUCCCGCGGGAGCGCAGCCACGGGACGGGAAGGUGGGAGCCCGACCCGCACAGCCGCAGCCGGGCUCGCCCUCCCGCACCCACCGCGGGGCUCCGGGCUCCCUUUCCGUCCCCACAGGAGCUGCAGCGCUGUCCCCGUCCCCAUUCCCUCCGGGAUGCGGAGAUGGGCGGCGGGCCAGCGCCGUCCCCCGAGCCCGGGGGGCAGCGGGGAUCAUUGACCGGCCCCCAGGUCACCUCCCCGGACCUCCACGUUGUGUUUACACGGAGUGAGGUCCAAAAAAGCCUUCCCGUAGCAGAGCCGCCUUAUCGCCGCUCCUCGGCCGCCCCCCCGAGCCGAUAUAAGGGCGGCCAGCGGCCGCCUCCGGCCGGGAGGGACACGGGAGGCGAGCGGAGCCAGGUGCUCUUAGGGGAGCUGCGGGUGUCAAAGGGGACCCCGGGGGCGAGGUCCUCGCGGGGAGCAGCGCAGGCACCGCCCCGCCGAGAGCACUCGGACGGCUCCUCUCCACUCUCCCGCAGCCCGACCAUGCUGCUGAAGGCUGCGCUGCUCCUGUCGCUGCUGGCCGGCGGCUCCGGCCGGGCAGCAGCACAAGCCGCGCUCCCGCCCGCAGUGUCCCCGGCCAAGGCGGCGCAGGGCGGGCUCUGGGAGUACCUGAGCCAGCUGACGGGCGGCAAGGACAGCCUGGAGCGCGGCCGGAGCAAGCUGGGCAGGGACAUGACGAACGCGAAGGAAAGCAUUCGGGACGGGGUCAGCUACGUGGGGGGCUUCCUGGAGAAGCUGUCGCCGCUGGGCAGGGGCCCGCGGCCCCGGCUCUACGAGGACUCGGCCAGCCUGCGCAAGGCCGUCCGCAGGGAGCUCGACGGCCUCCGCCUGCAGCUGUCCCCGUACGUGGACGAGGCGCACCGGCAGGUCGGGAAGCAGCUGGACGAGCUCCGGCAGCAGCUGCAGCCGCUCACGGAGGAGCUCCUGGAGCAGGUGUCGCUGCGGGCCCGGGAGCUGCGGCGGCACCUGGUGCCCAGCCGGGAGGUGGCGGCGCAGCUCCUGGACGGCGCCGACGAGCUGCAGCGCUUCGCGGCUCACUACGCCGACAAGAUCGCCUUGCACACGGAGCAGGUGAAGGACAUCUUCCAGCCGUACGCGGAGCGGCUGCUGACCGAGAUCCACCGCAACGUGGAGGAGCUGCACCGCAGCGUGGCCCCGCACGCCCGCGCCAGCCCCGAGCGGCUCAACCGGCACAUCCAGGAGCUGUCCGCCAAGCUGACCCGCAACGCGCGGGACCUGCACCAGCAGAUCCAGAAGAACCUGGAGCAGCUGAAGGCGAAGCUGAGCCCGUACCCCGGCGGCCUCGGGGGGCCCGCGCCGCCCCCGGGCCGCUCCCGGGAGGCGCUGGCGCGGGAGGUGCAGCGGCGCGUGGAGGAGUUCCGGCGGGACACGUACGCGCAGAUCCAGGCCUUCACCCGGGCGCUGGACCGGGAGACGGAGGAGAUGCGGCUGAAGCUCAGCGCCCGCCCGGAGCCGCCCGAGGAGCCGCUGGACGCGCCGCCCGUGGAGGACCUGCGCGCCCGGCUGGACGCGCUGUGGCGGGACCUGGCGCUGAGCCUGAGCGAGCGGGGCGGGGAGGGCGGCGGGCAGGGCCCCGGGGAGGGUCCCGGGGAGGGUCCCGGGGAGGGUCGCGGGGAAGGCCCCGGGCAGGGCCCGGCGCGGCUCCGGGGCUGAACGCGAAUAAAGGCGCCGCCAUCGCGGCGCGUCACAUGA